UUAACCCUUCCGUUUCUAGGCGGCAAGAGGUUACCGAAGCUAUUUGUAACCAUGGUUAUUCGGAAUGUAACACUGAAUGAUGACAGUACGUAUGGUGCACUGGGAAGGUACGAGUGUCAUGCUUUUGCAGUUGGUGAACCUUUGGAGAGAAGACAUGGAUUUAGUGUCAAUGUCAUCAGAAGUAAGUCAUUUACGUGGCUGAGCAGUCGUUCGGUGUUGGCAGCUUAACCUUUGAACGUUUGCCACCCCCGAUAGAAUUUGUUCCAUAAUUUCCUAGCAACGAUAUUAAGUUAGUGCAGUAGCUGUUCAUCGGCACAGUUAACUAAAUAAACUACGAAAGAAACUUCUUCUUCAAGAUAUAAUAGAGUUGGAGCCUUCCGGCCGCUGAAUCCACUGCAAGACGGACUAGCAGAUUUAUACCCGUGUUAAGGUGGAUUUUUACUGUCUCGUAAGUUUUACACGCGUACGCACGGAAUUUUUACGCUCGUAAUAGAAGAAAUGUAUGAAGUGCCUUGCGCAAACGUGAAAGAUGAGCGAGGUUCAACUUUUAUGUUUAUUGGCGACCUUUCAUAUUUUGCCUCAGUUUUACUUACACACGUAAAUUUUACACGCGUGGGCACUUAAACAUUACCCGACGGUUGGAAAUCUACCCUCGUAUAGUUUUGGUAAGUAGUGACUGUAUUCCUCUGUUGGAGGAGGGUGGGUGAAGCUUCCAUGUUACAAGUUUUUUAAAUAUUUUUCUAUCUCUAAAUAUCAAUAGAUACCCCGUAUUAACUUGGCAGUUAAACCUUUCUUGAAAAUGCCACAUAAAAUUCAUAAAUUACUUGUUACCAAAACGUGUACCUAGAAUGAUCUAUCUCGCUCAUCCCUCUCCCUCUGCGUUUUUUUUAAGUAGCUUGCUGACGUGUACCUUUUGAAAACAUACUUUUUGUGCUUGUUAAUUUUCUCAACUUCUUUUGGUUUAAUUCAUUUAAUCCAUUUUGCCAUGGUUUCGCAUUAAGAGAUUUUUGUUGAAUUUUUAUCUUUAUUAGUGCCUAUUUUAACGUCUCUUUUAUUUAGAAGACGAGAUCCCUUCCGUGUCUGUACCAAACUUCGGAGUGCUGCAACUUGGUGAAAACAUUACAAUCUUUUGCAAUAUGACUGAAGGCAAGCAAGCCAGACGUACUAGACUGAUUAGGAUUUCAUGGUAUAAGGAUGGAGUGUUACAGCAAACUCUGCGAAAUCCUGACCCGACUGAGCCGCGGGAUACCCUUGGGGCUCUGAUACUUGCUAAUGAUAGAAGUAGAGAUGGUGGAAACUACACCUGUCUUCUGGAAGUAGAGCUACGAAAUAUCAAACUACACAUUGUGUCUGAUAGUACC